GACAAAAUCCCCAGAUUUGUCCCCAAAAUCCCAGAAGGCUUUCCUGCCAGGGUGAGCUGGGUGCUCUGGCAGAGGCACAGAGUCAUGGCAUGAGGGGCUGCCCUCCUGCCUGCUCUGGUACACAUCUGCAUGGCCCUGCACCCACGCGAGUGCCUGUCGUGUGUGUCCCAUGCACACUCUGGUGUGUUCCUGCAUGUCCUUGCUCUGGCAUACAAAUUCUGGCACAUUUCUACUUGUCCUUGUUCACCUGUGCACACUCUGGCAUGUCCCUGUGUGUCCUUGCUCACAGGCACACUCUGUCACACUUCUGUAUGCCCUCGUUCACAUGUGGAUGCUGUGACAAGUCCCUGCGUGUCCUGGCUCACAGGGGCCUCUCACCGGUAGCCGACGGCCACCGGGCCGGGGCACACUGGGACCAUGACCUCGGCCAAUGACUAUGAGCAGCUGGAGCUGCAGCAGCAGUACAGCCGCAUCAACGUCCGCUGGGACGCGUCCGACGAUGAGCUGGACAAUGACAACAGCUCUGCGCGGCUCUUUGAGCGCUCCCGCAUCAAAGCCCUGGCAGACGAGCGGGAGGCCGUGCAGAAGAAAACCUUCACCAAGUGGGUGAACUCACACCUGGCUCGUGUCACCUGCCGCAUCUCAGACCUCUACAUGGACCUCCGGGAUGGACGGGUGCUCAUCAAGCUGCUGGAAGUGCUGUCAGGAGAGCUUCUGCCCAAGCCCACCAAGGGCCGGAUGCGGAUCCAUUGCCUGGAGAAUGUGGACAAGGCGCUGCAGUUCCUGAAGGAGCAGCGGGUGCACCUGGAGAACAUGGGUUCCCACGAUAUCGUGGACGGCAACCACCGCCUUGUUCUUGGCCUCAUCUGGACCAUCAUCCUCCGCUUCCAGAUCCAGGACAUCAUCGUGGAGACACAGGAGGGCCGAGAGACACGCUCUGCCAGGGAUGCACUGCUGCUCUGGUGCCAGAUGAAGACAGCAGGGUAUCCCCAUGUGAAUGUCACCAACUUCACCUCGAGCUGGAAAGACGGGCUGGCCUUCAAUGCCCUCAUCCACAGGCACAGGCCUGAGCUGGUUGACUUCCAAAACCUUACCAAAUCCAAUGCCCGGCACAACCUGGAGCAUGCAUUCAGCGUGGCAGAGCGGCACCUGGGCAUCACCCCUCUCCUUGACCCCGAAGAUGUGUUCACGGAGAACCCCGAUGAGAAGUCCAUCAUCACCUAUGUGGUGGCCUUCUACCACUACUUCUCCAAGAUGAAGGUGCUGGAGGUGGAGGGACGGCGCCUGGGCAAGGUCAUCGAGCACGCCAAGGAGACGGAGCGGAUGAUCGAGGGCUAUGGGGGGCUGGCGUCCGACCUGCUCACGUGGAUUGAGCAGACCAUCGCCUCCCUUAACAGCCGCAGCUUCGCCAACUCCCUGGCUGGGGUGCAGCACCAGCUGCAAGCCUUCAGCACCUACCGCACCGUGGAGAAGCCCCCCAAGUUUCAGGAGAAGGGCAACCUGGAGGUGCUGCUCUUCACCAUCCAGUCGCGGAUGAGGGCCAACAACCAGCGUGUCUACACCCCACACGAGGGGCGCCUGGUCUCUGACAUCAACCGGGCCUGGGAGCAGCUGGAGAAAGCGGAGCAUGAGCGGGAGCUGGCACUGCGCAACGAGCUGAUCCGUCAGGAGAAGCUGGAGCAGCUGGCACGGCGCUUUGACCGCAAAGCGGCCAUGCGGGAGGCCUGGCUGAGCGAGAACCAGCGCCUGGUGGCCCAGGACAACUUUGGGCAGGACCUGGCGGCAGUGGAAGCGGCCAAGAAGAAGCACGAGGCCAUUGAGACAGACACAGCUGCCUACAGGGAGAGGGUGCAAGCCAUCGAGGCAGUGGCCAAGGAACUGGAACUGGAGGGCUACCACGACAUCCAGCGCAUCAACGGGCGGAAGGACAACAUCCUGCGGCUCUGGGAGCAGCUCCUGGAGCUGCUGGCUGCCCGGCGCCAGCGCCUGGAGAUGAACCUCACCCUGCAGCACCUAUUCCAGGAGAUGCUCCAUUGCAUCGACUGGAUGGAUGAGGUCAAGGUGAAACUGGCAUCUCCUGAAUCUGGGAAGCACCUUCUGGAAGCAGAGGAGCUGCUGCAGACCCACCGUCUGCUGGAGGCCGACAUGGCUAUACAGGCAGAGAAGACCCGGGCCAUCAGCGCUGCCGCCCUCCGCUUUGCUGACGCUGAGGGCUAUCGUCCCUGUGACCCCAAAGUCAUCCGGGACCGCGUGAGCCACCUGGAGAUGUGCCGGCGAGAGCUGCAGGUACUGGCGGCACGGAGGAGAGCCUUGUUGGAGCAAUCCCGCUCCCUCUGGACCUGCCUGUGGGAGCUAGACGAGGCAGAGAGCUGGAUCAAGGAGCAGGAGCAGCUCUACUCCUCCCUGGACUUCGGGAAGGACCUGCCGGGCGUGCUGCUGCUCCA